GCCCGGCUCUGCCGGUUAGUGUUUGGGGCACUUUGGUCCUCCGACCCGCAGGUGGAGCUGUCGGUUGCUGCCGGUUAGUGUUUGGGGCACUUUGGUCCUCCGACCCGCAGGUGGAGCUGGUCUGUGAAGACGUGCAACAUCUCAGAGGGCUGCUGAUUGGGCGGCCUAUAAAAGGCCUCCCAUCAGCAUGCUCUCUCUCUCUCUCAUGCUCUCUCUCUCUCUCUCUCUCGUCCCACAGGCACAUUCGUUUGGUGACCGUAUGGUCACGGCAACGACGGCCGGGAUUAGCACCACACUAACACCCUUUUGGGACAACACUCAUUUACUGAUACAUUCCUUGGUUAAUUCACAUUACUGAUCACUGAUACAUGUUGUAAAUAAAAGAUCUGUUGGCUAAAAUGUACAAAUCGGUGUGGUCUCCCUUAAUGUUACAGCCACUAACAAGCCAGUGGUUGUGACAUAUGGGGGCUCGUCCGAUCUUUGGUAGUAACUUUAGGCUAUGGUAAUUCCUUCUACUGGCUAUGGCAGCGUAGGAAGGUGCGUAGAGCUCUUUGUAUUGAGUAUUCCUUCUACUGGCUUUUGGAGCGUAGGAAGGUGAGUAGAGCUGAGUUACUAAUUGUGUACUGCUGAUAGUCAGUUGGGGCCUGUUAUCAGUUAGUUAAUUGGGGGAUCUGCUGAUUUGUACUUUUGAGGCUUUGUUUGACCGUGCAAGCGUAGGUAGACACUGAAUUGUUUGUUCCAGCCAUCUUGGUUGAGUUUCAUUGCAGUUUGUAGCAUUGCAUUCAGCCUCUUAGGAGCUGUCGCCUUUAUCCCCAUCUAGUACGGGUUCUAGGUUCCUGCUGUCACAGAGCCUGGGCGAGGGCACCGCCUUGGAGAAACGGCUGAAUCGGCUUUGUCGGGAUGGUACGUCUCCACAGGUAUUGGUGAGUAAAUGAUCCUCGUCCUCGGGCUCUGUGUGAAAAUAGAUUAGUCUAGUGGGGGGAAAAUGUUUAGGGGGAUGCUCCGAGGUUAGUUUGCUGUGUUAACAUAACUGUAAUGUUUUAGAGACCUGGUUAGAUUGGUUGGAGAGAGAGAGCCUAGCGUAAUUAGAGCUAGUUUUUGGUUGGGUUGUUUUUUCAGUAGUUUCAUUGUUGGUUUGGUACAGUAGCCAGAUUGGUACUGACGGCCUGGGUUGAGCAGGAUGGAGGCUUUUGUGGAAGCACCAUCUGAGAAAUUGUUGUUUGCCCUUAAUAAGGAACAGUUGUUGCAAUUGGCAGAAAAGUAUGGCAUGGAAUUGUCAUCAGCCAUUAGAACUGGUAAGAAGGGACCCUUGCGUGACUCCAUUCACGAGUUUUUGUGUGAGCAGAGCAUUUUGCCUUCAGGAAAAGGUGGUGACGCUCAUGUGAAGGGUAUGUCAGAGCCUAUGCAGUCAGAGAGGGUAGGCAUACUGACUUUUGAGCAACAAAGAGAGAUGAAGGCACUUGAAUUUGAGUGGGCGCAACAGGCUAAGGAGAAAGAACGUCUUUUUGAACUGGAAAAAAUCAAAUUAGAACGAGAAUUGCAACAGAAAGCAGAUAUGGAGAGACUCAAAUUUGAAAAAGAAAUGGAUUUGAAAAAAGGUGAAAUGGACCUUACAGUACAGCUUGAGAAAAUUAAAAUUGAACAGGAUCGUUUGAAACUAAUGUCAGAAGGUAAGAUUAGUGGAAAUCUGUCCGGGUCAAGUAUGGAUAGCAUGGUAAAGUAUGUUCCAAAGUUUGACGAACGUGACCCAGACGUAUUUUUCUCACUGUUUGAACAGAUGGCCUCUGACAAAAAGUGGAGUGAAGAGGAUAGAAUGGUGCUUUUGCAAACUGUACUAGUAGGACGCGCACGGGAGGCAUACUUGGCAUUAACACCUGUUGAUAGGCACAAGUAUGCUGAGGUGAAAAAAGCGGUCUUGAAAUGUUAUGAACUGAAUCCAGAAGCUUACAGACAACGUUUCAGAAACUGGCGUAAACGUGCUAAUCAGACCCAUGCUGAAGUGGCAAGAGAGUUGAGUACUUAUUUUAACCGGUGGCUCACUUCAGAGUCUGUCUCAACUUACGAAAAUUUGCGUGAUUUGUUGAUUUUGGAGCAGUUUAAGAACAUUGUACCAGAUCGAAUUGCAACCUACAUUAAUGAGCAAAAGGCAAAGUCAGUGGAGGAGGCAGCCUCGCUUGCUGAUACCUUUGUGUUGACUCAUAAACGUAAGCCUUACAGCUUUCCUCCACGGUAUAAUAGCCACCAACGUUAUGAUCCUGCUCGUUCUCCUCCACAACGUUCUCCUCCUCGUUAUGGUCGUAGUUCAAAUCGAUCCAAUUAUGGCAAUUCCAGUAAUGUUCCUAAAUUUGAUAAUGGAAGUAGCAAAUCUCGCCCAAGCCCGACGGAUAAAUGUCAUUACUGUUUGCAGGAGGGACAUUGGAAAAAGGACUGCCCGCUGUUGAAAGGCCGUAAAUCUAAUGCCAAGGUAGCUGGGUGUGUUUCUGUUGUGCAUCCAGUUGAUUUUGGCGUCUCUGAUCUAACACCGUUACCUCGUUUGGAAGUUCAUUGUGAGCAAGUGAUUGAAGAUGGUGCAUCUGUGUCAGACGAGCAGACGAAAUCAGUAGAGUCAGCGGCGUCUGAUUUCGCUCCAUUCAUUAGUGAUGGCUGGGUGUCAUUGGUUGGAGAGACACAAAAAGUUCCAGUUAAAAUCUUAAGAGACACUGGGGCAUCUGAGAGUUUCAUUUCUGGAGCAGUUUUGCCAUUUUCCACAGCAUCUGACACUGGGAAAUGUGUUUUGAUUAGAGGAAUAGGCAUGCAGUCAUUUUCUGUACCGUUGCACAAAAUUCACUUGUGUUCAGGAUUUGUGAAUGGGGAGGUGACUAUUGCUGUGAGACCGUCUCUGCCUAUGCAGGAUAUCCAUGUAAUUCUGGGGAACAAUUUGGGUGGGUGUUUAGUUUCUCCACCUCCAGUUGUUACACCUGUACCGCUAUCUGUAGAGGAGCCAGACGCGUGUUGUCAAGAAUUCCCAGAAGUGUUUACUGCUUGUGCUGUGACUAGGGCAAUGUCUCGCACGCAGGCGCAAUCGUCGGAUGUGUCCAAAUCUGUGCCUUUUUUUGUUCCUGAGCUGCCCGAACCUCUGUCAUGUCAAGAUUUAAUUGAGGCACAAAAGAAUGAUCAGAGCUUUGAGAAAUAUUUUGCCUUAGCUUCUACUGAUCCAACGAUGGGUUACUUCAUUCAGAAUGGCGUUUUGCUGCAUACGUGGUUGCCAGGUGUUGAUCCUGAAGUGGCAGGUCAGGUGAUUCAAGUGAUGGUACCUGACAAAUACCGUGAUUUGAUUUUGAGAACAGCCCAUGGAGCAGAGUCUGGGCAUUUUGGAGGUCGCUGUCCGGGUACCAGGAUUUGCUGGGUGCAGGGAAGGUCGGAGGGUAAGGAGGGUGUUAGGGAUGGUUUGGGUUCUGGUUGGUCUGGGGUGGAGGGGAGGUGCGUCAUUGGGACUAGAAUAUAGCUACUGGGGCUACUGUAGGUUUUGGUUUUCUAUUUUUUGAUGGUGCUUCAGAGACCCAGUUAACACGGGUCUCUGUUUUUAAGGGGGGGGAUGUCAUGCCCGGCUCUGCCGGUUAGUGUUUGGGGCACUUUGGUCCUCCGACCCGCAGGUGGAGCUGUCGGUUGCUGCCGGUUAGUGUUUGGGGCACUUUGGUCCUCCGACCCGCAGGUGGAGCUGGUCUGUGAAGACGUGCAACAUCUCAGAGGGCUGCUGAUUGGGCGGCCUAUAAAAGGCCUCCCAUCAGCAUGCUCUCUCUCUCAUGCUCUCUCUCUCUCUCUCUCUCUCGUCCCACAGGCACAUUCGUUUGGUGACCGUAUGGUCACGGCAACGACGGCCGGGAUUAGCACCACACUUGCACCCUUUUGGACAACACUCAUUUACUGAUACAUUCCUUGGUUAAUUCACAUUACUGAUCACUGAUACAUGUUGUAAAUAAAAGAUCUGUUGGCUAAAAUGUACAAAUCGGUGUGGUCUCCCUUAAUGUUACAGCCACUA